CUACGUGCUGAGGAGGAUCCUGCGUCGCGCAGUCCGUUAUUCCCAUGAGAAGCUCGGAGCCCAGAAAGGCUUUUUUGCCACUCUGGUGGAUGUGGUGGUCGAUUCCCUGGGCAAUGCCUUCCCUGAGUUGAAGAAAGAUCCUGAAGUGGUGAAGGACAUUUAUUAACGAGGAGGAGGGUGCACGUUCCUACAAAACCCCUCAGCAGGGGGGCGCCGUAUCCUCGACAGGAAGAUCAUGAGUCUGGGAGAGAACAAGACCAUUCCAGGUGACACAGCAUGGCUGCUAUACGACACAUACGGCUUCCCUCUGGACCUGACCUCCCUCAUCGCAGAGGAGAAAGGCAUGGCGGUGGACGUGGCUUCCUUUGAGGAGGAGAAGAAGGCAGCACAGAUAAAGUCCCAGGGUAAGGGGGCAGGAGACGUGGACCACAUCAUGUUGGACAUCUAUGCCAUUGAAGAUCUGAGGAACAAGAACAUCCCCGCCACAGACGACUCUUCCAAAUACAAAUACACGUCUGAGGAAAACGGCAACUACAACUUCGAGCAGGCCUCAGCCACGGUGCAGGCUCUGCGCUGCGACCGCGCCUUCUGCGAUGAAGUGACCACGGGUCAGGAGUGCGGCGUGCUGCUGGACUCCACUUCCUUCUACGCCGAGCAGGGAGGGCAGACAUUCGACGAGGGGUACAUGGUUCGAGAGGACGACAGCACAGAGGAUCGGAUGGAGUUCACUGUGAAGAACACGCAGGUUCGAGGAGGUUAUGUUCUCCAUCUGGGGACGGUCUACGGCACUCUGAAGGUCGGAGACCGCGUCACCUUACGCCUCGAUGAGGCUCGUCGUAGGCCAAUCAUGAGCAACCACACCGCCACACACAUCCUGAACUUCGCCCUGCGGGGGGUUCUGGGGGAGGCAGACCAGAGGGGCUCCUCUGUGGCCCCCGACCGUCUGCGCUUUGAUUUCACUGCUAAAGGCGCCCUGAGCACGGGGGAGGUCCGCCGGACGGAGGAGAUCGCUUGUGCUAUCAUAAAAGAUGCAAAGCCAGUUUACGCCAUGGAUGCCCCACUAGCAAAAGCCAAGGCUAUCCAGGGUCUGCGCGCCGUCUUCGAUGAGACGUACCCCGACCCGGUCCGAGUCGUGUCCAUUGGCAUCCCCGUGGAGGAGCUGCUGGAGAACCCCGAGAGCACCGCUGGUGCUCUCACAUCCAUCGAGUUUUGUGGUGGAACCCAUCUGCGGAACUCGGGUCACGCCGCGCCGUUUGUCAUCGUCUCAGAGGAGGCCAUUGCUAAGGGCAUCCGCCGCAUUGUUGCUGUGACAGGAACAGAGGCCCAGAAGGCUCAGAGGAAAGCUGACUCCCUGCUCCAGUCUCUGUCCGCACUGGGAGAAAAGGUGAAGCAGCAGACGGACCCCAACAAGGACAUCCAGAAAGACAUCGCCGACAUGACGGAGUUGAUAGGCACUGCGGUGAUCUCCCAGUGGAAGAAGGACGAGAUGAGGGAAUCCCUGAAGGGCCUGAAGAAGACCAUGGAUGACUUGGACCGCAACUACAAGGCUGACAUCCAGAAGAGAGUCCUGGAAAAGACCAAGGAGGUGAUCGAAAGUAGCCCCAACCAAGCGCUGCUCGUCAUGGAGAUGGAGACCGGGGCCUCAGCUAAGGCCCUGAACGAGUCCCUGAAGCUGCUGAAGUCGCAAUCUCCUCAGACCGCUGCGAUGCUCUUCACUGUAGACCCGGAAGCCGGCAAGAUCACCUGCCUGUGUCAAGUCCCACAGGAUGUGGCUAAACGCGGUCUCAAGGCCAGCGAGUGGGUUCAGGAGUUGUGCCCCCUGCUGGACGGCAAAGGAGGCGGCAAGGACAUGUCCGCUCAGGCCACGGGCAAGAACACACAGUGCAUGCAGGAGGCGCUGCAGAUGGCCAACCAGUUUGCACAGCUUAAACUGGGAGAGAACUAAGAGGAGAGAGGGGGCUGUGUGGCAGGUGGGGAGAGGAGAUUUAGGUUGCAAAUAUAGUUCGAGUAGUGAAGGGGAAAUAAGGUAACUGUCUAGUCUUAACUGAGUUAGAAAUCACCACACAUCGUCCUUUCCUUGGUCCAUUUCCUCUCCUUUUUUCUUCUCCCUUUUGAAGAAGUAAACAAUAACCUUUUAUUUAAUUCAAUCCCCAAAAGCCCAAUUGGUUUUGGCUGCUUUAAACUGCAAAUAAACUUAACUCUUAGCCUUGGAAAGAGAAGUAAAUAAGUCAGCCCAGCUCUAAAAGGAUUUAGGCACUGUAUGUCCUUUGAUCUGUAAACAGUGGCUCCGUCCAUCGGUGAGAGCAGAAGCCUGAGCUCUCCCCUGUGGUUGGUUGCACUAGAGUUGUUCACCCACUAGCUGUAACAUAGUCUUGCUUUUCGAAUAACAAGCCAUUAUCUGACGUGUAAGAAGACAUGGGGUUUAUUGUAGUAAAACAUAUUUCAUUAACUGUAUAAAAUAAUCAUCAACGUGUCAAAUCAUUCAUCUGUGUAACUUAAUUUCGCUCAAGAAUACGUCGAAUGCAAAAUGUCUUUUAGCUGUUUCAUGUCAGAAGUGUCAUGUUAUGGGAAUGGAAUAAAAACAACUGGUUAUGCUACA